AUGACUGCUCAGAACCUCCCCUACGAGCCUGAGUUCGAGCAGGCCUACAAGGAGCUCGCUUCCACCCUCGAGAACUCCGCCCUCUUCCAGAAGAAGCCCGAGUACCGCAAGGCGCUCCAGGUCGUCUCUGUGCCCGAGCGCGUCCUCCAGUUCCGCGUUGUUUGGGAGGAUGACAAGGGUCAGGUCCAAAUCAACCGCGGUUUCCGUGUCCAAUUCAACUCUGCCCUCGGCCCCUACAAGGGUGGUCUCCGUUUCCACCCCUCCGUCAACUUGUCCAUCCUGAAGUUCCUCGGUUUUGAGCAGAUCUUCAAGAAUGCCCUUACCGGUCUCAACAUGGGUGGUGGUAAGGGUGGUUCCGACUUUGACCCCAAGGGCAAGACCGACAACGAGAUCCGCCGCUUCUGCGUGGCCUUCAUGACCGAGCUAUGCAAGCACAUCGGCGCCGACACUGACGUUCCCGCCGGUGACAUCGGUGUCACCGGUCGUGAGAUCGGUUACAUGUUCGGCCAGUACAAGAAGAUCCGCAACCAGUGGGAGGGUGUCCUCACCGGUAAGGGUGGCAGCUGGGGUGGCUCGCUCAUCCGUCCCGAGGCCACUGGGUACGGUGUGGUCUACUACACCGAGCACAUGAUCAAGUAUGCGUCCGGUGGUAAGGAGUCCUUCGCCGGCAAGCGUGUCGCCAUCUCCGGCUCCGGCAACGUCGCCCAGUACGCUGCUCUUAAGGUCAUCGAGCUCGGUGGCUCCGUUAUCUCUCUGUCCGACAGUCAGGGUGCCCUCGUCCUCGCCGGCGAGGAAGGUUCCUUCACCCCCGAGGAGAUCAACACCAUUGCUGAGAUCAAGGUCCAGCGCAAGCAGAUCUCCGAGUUGGCUUCCACCGAGGCCUUCGCUUCCAAGUUCAAGUACAUCCCCGGUGCUCGUCCCUGGACCAACAUUGCCGGUCGCAUUGACGUCGCCCUCCCCUCGGCCACCCAGAACGAGGUGUCCGGUGAGGAGGCCAAGGCUCUGAUCGACGCUGGCUGCAAGUUCAUCGCCGAGGGUUCCAACAUGGGUUCCACCCAGGAUGCCAUCGACGUCUUCGAGGCUCACCGGGAGGCCAACCCCGGUGCCGCUGCCAUUUGGUACGCUCCCGGUAAGGCCGCCAACGCUGGUGGUGUCGCCGUCUCCGGUCUCGAGAUGGCCCAGAACUCCUCCCGUGUCAGCUGGACUGCCGAGGAAGUCGACAACCGCCUGAAGGGCAUUAUGGAGGACUGCUUCAAGAACGGUCUGAGCACCGCUCAGGAGUACGUCACCCCCAAGGAGGGUGUCCUUCCUUCCUUGGUUGCCGGUUCCAACAUUGCUGGCUUCACCAAGGUCGCCGAGGCCAUGAAGGACCAGGGUGACUGGUGGUAA